AUUCUGUCCGUUCAAGGGCCGCAUAGUAACGGUCUGAGACCUGCAAAAUGUCGUCGACAAAGACAAUAUUGCGCUUGGCGAGCAAGAGGCCGCUAGGAGUGGCUUCUCAGGCCAAGGGAUGCGCCCAACGCGCGACGCUUUCUCAAUCGACAAAGAGUUAUGCCGCAGACAAACCUGCCCCAGACUUGAGGACAGCUGGACCCGACCUCCUGUCCGAGUUGCGAAAGGCUCCUCGCCCACCCAUGGGCAAGCUUUCAGCACCCAUCGUCAACGAUGCCGACAAAUACGCAGACAAAGCCCUGCCUCUCCAUCAAUAUGGCCAAUACCUCAUGUCCUGCUUACCCAAAUAUAUCCAGCAGUUCUCAGUAUGGAAAGACGAACUCUGCAUCUACAUUUGUCCGACCGGUGUUAUCCCUGUCUUCACGUUCCUCAAGUACCACACCGCGGCAGAGUAUACCAUGGUUGCAGAUAUCACUGCGGUAGACUUCCCUACGAAGAAUUAUCGGUUUGAAGUGGUAUACAACUUGCUCAGUGUGCGACACAACUCAAGAAUACGAGUUAAGACAUAUGCGGAUGAAGCGACACCGGUACCCUCAAUCACGUCCCUAUACGAUGGCGCAAACUGGUAUGAGAGGGAGGUGUAUGACAUGUUUGGCGUAUUUUUCACAGGCCACCCUGAUCUACGUCGAAUCAUGACGGACUACGGCUUCGAUGGCCAUCCGCUGCGCAAAGAUUUCCCCUUGACUGGGUACACUGAAAUCAGAUACGAUGAAGAGAAGAAGCGAAUUGUGGUGGAGCCUCUGGAGAUGACGCAGGCGUUUCGAAACUUUGAAGGUGGAUCAAGUGCUUGGGAACAGGUUGGUGUUGGCUCGGACAGGAAACCCGCAGAGUUCAAAUUGCCCACGCCGAAACCUGAGGAGAAGAAGGAGGAGAAGAAAUAGACAAUCUGGCAUGCUGGCUGAGGUCUGCAAAGGUUCACGAGUUGGUGAAGAGAAGUCGUGGAGCGUCUUGAGACGCCGUUGUACAUAUGGGAGUCAAUACAACAACAUGUUCCCCCACAGCACGUCGCCUUGUGGUCUCUCGGGUUAGAUGUGUCAAGUUUCCAUCGCCACGAGCUGUACGAUUCGCCCCGCGGCGCUCGGUUCACUUAAGUCGCGUUAUACGAUAGUCCGGAAGACAUUGGUGUCCGGUCCCUUUGGUGAGUGUGCUCCCGGUUCCGGUUCCUGGGAAAUGUCUGAGAUGCCGAAACGGGCCAUCCGGAAAUCUUGAGAGAGAGCUUCUGCGUGCUCACUUGCCCUGCCACUCGUCGGUUCAGGAAUUGGCUGACUCGACGAAGGGGAUUUUUUUUAGGACAGCUUCCUAUACUUCUCUGUAUGUUUGGUCAAAACAUGGACAACAGACUAACAAGCGGGCCUUCGUCGAGGUCGCAGUUGUCUU